UUUAUUCACUUACUGAUUAUUUAUGUUAUCAUCUGCUAGCAUAUAAAUAAUCAAAAAGAGUAACCGAAGGGAAGGGUCUACACAAAAAUGAACAGCUUAAAGACACAGUCAUAUUGAAGAGGGUUGUAUAUAAAUACAAAAAACGCAAGGUGGAAACAGUUCACUUGAUUGACAACUACAAAGUCACAAGAAAACUAGAAGAAGAAACAAUCUCAGACACCAUGGCAAAAAAUAUUUCAGUACAAAUUCUGGUUUGUCUUUUCUAUGCAGCAACUGUUCAUUCAUUACAUUUGCGUGAAUCAGAGGAUAACAUUAAAAGGGGCGUGGUAAAAUCAUCCAUAUUUUGCGAUACUUUUCCAAGUUUAUGUGGUUUUGUUAAACAUGCAGAAGGAUACAGCGACAUCUACCGAGGGAAAAAAGUGAACUCAGGAAAACCAUUUGGCCAAACAAAACGAGUUUUCUCAGAUGUUGGAGAAAGCAUGUCCGAUAGCGUUGAAGACAUCCAGCAAGCAAAGAGAGUUUUGGAAAGAUAUUUUCAAGUACAAGAGGAAAAUAAAUGUUGGGAUAAAUGUUCAUGGCUCAAGUUCAUCGUGCAGACAUACAAUGCUUGUUAUCGUAGAUGUGAACGGUCAAAAUAAAACUUACACUGACAAUACUGUGUGGAGAACUUUGUUAUAACAUUUGAGUGUGAAUGUGUGUUAUUCUCUGUGUUUAUAUGCAUUAUCUAACACUAAAAUCUUAAAUAAUCGCCCUAAAUUAUGCACCCUCUUGACGAAACGCCUUCAUGGAUUACUUUCGUUUAAACCACGAAAAAAUUAAAAAAUAUGAUGAUCGAGAUUUAAAUUUAUAAAACAGUGCGUCUAUGUUUUUUUACCGGUACUGGACACUAUAUAGUGAUAAAAAAAUUUUUCCUAACAUGAGGCCCUCCAACAGAAGUUUAAUUAACGUCCAGAACUUUUAUUUUAAGAUACACCUAGUGUUAAUACAUUAACGUGCCAUGCAUGUGAUAACAUACUAUAUUGAAGAAGAAUCUAUAAAAUAUAUUAUGUUUUACUGCUUUUUAGUAGUAACCUUUGAAUGCGAA